AUGGCGCGAAGCAGAGAAGGCGCAGACGCGGCGCGCUCGUUUGUAGCGGGGGCCGCGGCGGGCGCGAUCGAGGGCUGUGUGACCUAUCCGUUCGAGUUUGCGAAGACGCGGCUGCAGCUGGCGCAGCAGGGCUCGGGCGAGUCGCGGAACCCGCUGGUGCUGCUGUACCGGACGGCGCGGACACAGGGCGCGGGGGCGCUGUACGUGGGCUGUCCUGCGUUUGUGGUAGGGAACACGUGCAAGGCGGGCGUGCGGUUCCUGGGGUUCGACGCGCUGCGGCGGGCGCUGCAGGACGAGCGCGGGGCGCUGAGCGGGCCGCGCGGGAUGCUGGCGGGCCUGGGCGCGGGGCUGCUGGAAUCGGUUCUGGCGGUGACGCCGUUCGAGGCGGUCAAGACCGCGCUGAUCGACGACCGGCAGGCGGCGCGGCCGCGGUACCAGCACAACGGCCGCGGGGCCGCGCGCAACUACGCGCUACUGCUACGGGAGCUAGGACUGCGGGGCCUGUACGGCGGCUUGGUGCCGGUGGCUCUGCGGCAGGCGUCGAACCAGGCGGUGCGCUUUGGCUGCUACACGCAGCUGAAGCAGGCGGUGCAGCGGUACGCGGGCACGCCCGCGGACCAGCCGCUGGGCAGCGGCCAGACGUUUCUGGUGGGCGCGCUCAGCGGCAUCGUAACGGUGUACGCAACGAUGCCCGUUGACACGGUCAAGACGCGCAUGCAGGCGCUGGAUGCGGCGCGCUACGGCUCGACCGUGGGAUGCUUCCGGGCGGUGGUGCGCGAGGAGGGCGUGCGCGCGCUCUGGCGCGGCGCCACGCCGCGCCUGGGGCGUCUGGUGCUCUCUGGCGGCAUCGUCUUCACGGCGUACGAGAAACUGCUGGUGCUGCUGCCCUAG